UGCUUUUAUUUUCUGCUUUGAGUUCUGCAGAACACAGAACAGCCAAAUAAGAAGAAGGAGAAGAAGAAGAAGAAGCUUUUGUUGGUUUCUUCUAAAUGGAAGGCCCUUAGCACUGCUUUUUCCAUUUUCGUUUGCAUUUCUCGUGCAAUCUUCGCGUAACGAAAUCCUAAUUGAACCCCGUCUCAGCAUCUUGUCCACGAUAUCUGUUGAGAAUUGAACUUCUACAACCCUAAUGUCUCCACCACUGCUCAAUGUUGUGGAGAGACCGAGUAAUGUCACAUUGGUGCCUUCAUCGCCUUCCGUGGACAGUAGCUGCCAGAAUGUUUCAGGAUUGAGAGAGCGUAACUACAUGGGAUUAUCUGAUUGUUCUUCAGUGGACAGCUCUGCAAUAUCCGGCCUGUCUGAAGAGAAUAAGAGCAGUCUUAAUCUGAAGGCAACGGAACUGAGACUUGGGCUUCCUGGAUCUCAGUCUCCUGAACGGGGUUCUGAGCUAUGCCUUCUGAGCCCAGGGAAACUUGAUGAAAAGCCCUUGUUUCCUUUGCUUCCUUCAAAGGAUGGUAUCUGCUCAUCUUCUCAGAAGGCUGUUGUCUCUGGCAACAAAAGAGGAUUUUCUGACGCCAUGGAUGGCUUCUCAGAGAUGAAAAGUGCUGUGUUUACUGAGGGCAAUUGGAUGUUUCCUGCUGCCGGGUCUGAUUCCGAAACUACCCAAUCUGUGGCACAAGGGAAAUUUCAUGUUAACCCAGGACUGCUGUCAGCCAGGUCUUCACCCAACUCUGGAGUGAAACCUGUUUCUGUGAAGGAGCAUUCUGGGGCUUACCCCGGCAUGACGAAAGAGAUUGUGCCCCCAAAGCCCCGUCCUGCCAAUGAGACCAGCCAUAGCCAGAUAGGUGCUGCUAACCACAAUACCAGUGCACCUGCUGCUAAGGCACAAGUUGUUGGUUGGCCACCAAUUAGAUCAUUCAGGAAGAACACACUUGCCACCACUUCAAAGAACAAUGAAGAAGUUGAUGGAAAACCAGGUCCAGGUGCUCUCUUUGUCAAAGUAAGCAUGGAUGGUGCUCCAUAUCUGAGGAAGGUGGAUCUUAGAACUUAUUCUAACUAUCAGGAGCUGUCUUCUGCUCUUGAGAAGAUGUUCAGCUGUUUCACCAUAGGUCAAUGUGGCUCCCAUGGACCCCCAGGUAGGGAGAUGCUGAGCGAGAGCAAGCUGAGGGAUCUUCUCCAUGGAUCAGAGUAUGUUCUUACCUAUGAGGAUAAGGAUGGUGACUGGAUGCUUGUGGGAGAUGUCCCCUGGGAGAUGUUUACCGAUUCAUGCAAACGGUUGAGGAUCAUGAAAAGCUCUGAUGCCAUUGGCUUAGCUCCAAGGGCCAUGGAGAAAUGUAGGAAGAGGAACUAGCUGCCAUCCGAAAAUGAUAAUUGCUUAUCAGUUGGCAAUCGAAAGGGAAAGAGCCCCACAACAUGGCAGGUAAGGAAGGAAGAGCGUGUCAGGAAGUAGGCUGGAUGGUAAAUCAUGACUUGGUUGCUUUAUCUCUUUAUCCAUAUGCUUAUCGCCGGGUAAUUUAUGUUGCUUUAAUUUGUGCCGAGUCUAUAUUGUAGUUAGAACUUAGAAGAUUACUAAGACCGCAAUUUCUCAAGUUCCUAUUUGCUUGGGCGUAACUUUGUAAAGUGUUUUGUGGUGGACCUUUUUGUUUAGUGUGUUUGAUGAUCAGGAACCAGCUCCAAUUUAUGCUUUUUUUGCCACUGGUUAUGAUUGUAUCAACCGCACGAUUACUGUUCUCUUUAAUAGCUGCCUUACGAAAUGUAAUGUUAUCGAUGCCCAUUGCCCUUA